GCUCGGGCCGGCCGCGGCCGUGGCCGGGGUGCGAGAUGGCCGCCGGCGGGAGCCGCGCCGUCCUGGGGCUGUGGCUGCUGGCGGCGGGGCUGUGCGGCGCGGCGGCGGCGGGCAGGUCCCCCAGCUGCCACGAAGUGCGGACGGCGUUCCAGCUGCGGCAGAUCGGGCCCCUCAAGCUGGUCCCCGACGUGCCCACGGCCGAGUCAGAUUUACAGAUCUGUCAACACAGGGCACCAACAUGUUGCACCAAAAAGAUGGAAGAAAGCUACCAGGCAGCUGUUCGAAGGGAGAGGACUCAGAGCAUCCAGGCACUGAACUUUGAGCUGAAGUACAUGAUUGUUGGUCACAUCACAGCUUUUCAAGAGGCCUUUGAGUCUUUGCUUCGCUUUGCUGAAAACCGCACAAGUUCCCUGUUUGAGACAGCUUACAGACCUAUGGCAAAAGAAGCAGCAGAGCCUGUUAAGGAGCUUUUUACAGACAUCUCUCUCUACAUUCUGGGCGCAGAGACCACAGUGGAAAGUGCAGUUCUGCGGUUCUUUGACAGUCUCUUUCCUCUGGUGUACAGCCGGCUAAUAAACCCAGGAAUUACUGAUCUGUCAGAGGACUACACAGAGUGUCUGCGGCUUACAAGGCAAGACAUAAAUCCUUUUGGACACUAUUCUAAAAACAUGGUUACAGAGCUGUCCAAAUCUCUGUGGGCCAGCAGGAUGCUGAGCCAGGCCCUGAGCCUGGGCAUUGAGGUGAUAAACAGCACGGAGCACGCCGCGCUGAGCAAGGAGUGCAGCAGGGCGCUGGUGAAGAUGCAGUACUGCCCGCACUGCCAGGGCCUGACGCUCAUCAGGCCCUGCGUGGGAUACUGCCUCAACGUCAUGAGGGGCUGCCUGGCCAGCGUGGCCGAGCUGGAUGCACACUGGAGGGAGUUCAUCUCCACGCUGGAAUAUCUGACGAACGAAAUGGCUGCCUCGCACGAGCUGGAAAUGGCCCUGGCGGGGAUCUGGAGCUCCAUCAACGAGGCCAUCCUGCACGCCCAGCUGAACGGACCGCAGCUCUCUGCCACAGUUGAUAAAGUGUGUGGACAGCCCAAACAGCAUGAAGGCAACCUGUCAUCAGCCAAUAUUGUGCCAGUGAAGGAAGUGACUGGAACCCAGACAUUUGUGAUGGCUCACACCAGCCUGAACAAUAAAAGAAGUUCUCUGCCUCUGAAAGCUUCAAAGAAUGACAAAUCAAGAAGUUUGAAAAAAAUCUCUCGAGAGUUCAUCAGUUACAUGAAGCGGUCCCGAACCUUCUAUGCCUCCAUAGCAGAAAGGCUUUGUGAUGGAGACCUGGUGAUGAGAGACAGCUCGACCUGCUGGAAUGGAGAGGAUGUUGUAGAAAGUUAUACCAGCAGAGUUGUUUCCAAUGGACUGAAGGCACAAAUUAAUAAUCCAGAACUGAAAGUCAGAGGAUUGGACCCACUCAUCAACAAUUUAAUUGAUAAACUUCAGCACUUUAAUCAACUGGAUGCUGAGAAGGCAAAGAUGAAGCUGGAGAGAUGGGGUGCCCGAGAUGCUGGCAGUGGGGCUGGAAGGAGUGAGGAGAUGGAGUCAAGUGGAGACUGUGAUGAUGAGGAUGGCUGCCAAGGAUCUGGGGACAGGAUGCACACAGCAGAUAUACUCAAAGACAAAAAAACCCAUCCGGAAAACAGAAAUGAACCAAAACCAACCAUGAAGAAGAUUGACACCACAACCACAAGCACUGUCAAGUCAUCCUCCAAACACAGUGUAACUGGCAAUGGGAGCAGCCCAGCCCCGAGUCCCUCCCUUGCUGUUCUGGCAGCACUAGCAGUUCUGUGGCACUGUCCCCUGUAGCUCAUUGCCCUGCAGAUGCUGUGCUAGUGCUCCUCUUCACUGUCAUUGACACCUGCAGCCUUACCCGACUGGAAACAAAUGGAAAUGGCUCUCUAGUUGAUGUGAUAGGAUAAAUAAAAGUGAAAUGUUGGAGUUGGCAGAUACUAAUUGUCAUCACUUUCAAUGUCUGAAGAUAGCUUUUGGCAAAGCCCACCCAAGGUACAGCAAGGAUGAUCACAAGGGUCUGCAUAGCUCAAGUUAUGGGGUAGAAAUAACUGAAAACACAGAAAUUGUGUAUGUGUGUGUUACUGUUUCUAUCAAUUUCGUUUGCUAGAAUCUGACUGGCUGUUCUUUAUUUGUUUAAUUUUUCUGGUAAGUUAUAUGAAUGGUCAGUCUUCAAAUUCAAGGCAAUCCACACUUUGUUUUUUUAAGUGAACAGCUAACAAGCUGUGCUACAGUUCACAGAAUGAUAGAAUGUUAUGGGGUUGGGAUGGACCUUAAAGACUAUCGAGUCCCAGCCCCACUGCCAUGGGCAGGGACACCUCCCACCAGCCCAGGUACCAGGUUGCUCCCAUGUAGGGUGAAGUGCUCUCUACCAGCUUGAUGAAAUUCCUGAGAGGUCAAGAAGAUCAAAGCAUGUUUGAAACUUCUUUUCACUCUUAUUGUUUAGAUUGUAGGAAGCAACAUAAAAACAUAUGGUGUGUCUAAUAUAUCAGUAUAGUUGCCUUAACUGUGGAAAAAAAUAGAACCACUUUGUUUACUGAGAGACAUAGAUAGUGAAUUUCCCUGCCCCACAAAAUGUCAUUACCAGAUGCUUAAGCAUAUGCUCGAGGAUUAUUGGAUGAAUGUCCAGCAAAGGGAAACAUAAAUAAACAUAAUAAUGUUUUAUCCACUUGAAUGCAGC